CCUGGCAACGCGUCUGGCAGCUACGGGGCAAAAUCCUCCGUCUGCCUGACUGCCAGACUGCUUUACCGGAAGGCGAGUCCAGUUCGGUGAUGACGGAGGACAGAGGUGCCGGGAGGAUCGUCGGCUCUUCCAGCGUUUAGGUACGUCACGGGCCUUCUCGUGUCACGCACACCUUCAGGUUUUCUAGAGGAGGUGAAACAGCAGGACCUUUGAGCCUCCUUCCAGACGUAAGGAGAGAUGGGGAACGGCAGGAGCCACCUGGGGCAGCGCGUCUGUUCGCAGUUUCUCCCUGCGGAGCAGGACGAGGUGGACAGAUUGUUCGAUGCCCUGUCAUCGAAGAGCAGCUCGAACACCUCCCCCAGAUCCUUUUCUCUGAAGGCGCUAAAGAGCCACACUGGGGAAGCCCUUCCCCCCGAGAUGGUCACCAGACUGUAUGAUGGCAUGCGGAGGAUUGACCUGACAGGACAGGCAAAGGGGCCCAGCGAGAGUGUCACCCAGGAGCAGUUCACAGUGUCGAUGUCGCACCUGCUGAAAGGGAACUCCAAAGAUAAGAGUCUCAUGAUCCUGAAAAUGAUUUCUGCCACAGAUGGUCCUGUGAAAGCAAGAGAAAUCCAAAAGUUCACAGAGGAUCUCGUUGGCUCUGUAGUGCACGUGCUAACCCACAGACAGGAGCUGAGAGGCUGGAGUCCGAAGAAAGCUCCAGGCGCCCCGUCCAGGGUGCAGGUUCUGGCCGCCCAACUGCUCUCCGAGAUGAAGCUUGCAGACGGCAAGAAGGUGCUGGGGCCUCAGCAGCUGGACUGUGAGUGUGACCAAGCUGUGAUCGAGGACUGGGUGUUCAGGGCCCACCUCGUGGCCACAUUCCUGAGCGUGGUCAUCCACAGAGGCUUUUUCCUGCACUUAUCCCUCGAUCUAGCCACGCUGGUCCCCGAGCGUCGAGUUGACCAGGGGCAGGAGUUUGACAGCGUCCUGGACAUCCUGUCAGUCAUCUAUAUCAAUUCCCACCUGCCUCGGGAGCAGCAGCCCUGCUGGCAUCUGCUCUUCUCGUCCGAGCUCCACGGGCACAGCUUCUCCCAGCUCUGUGGGCGCAUCCCUCGCCGAGGGCCCUGCGUGCUGCUCCUGGAAGACCAUGACGGCCACGUGUUCGGUGGGUUUGCCUCCUGCUCCUGGGAAAUCAAGCCUCAGUUUCAAGGGGACAACAGAUGCUUCCUGUUCUCCAUCUCCCCCAGCAUGGCCGUGUACACCUGCACCGGCUACAACGACCACUACAUGUACCUGAAUCAGGGGCAGCAGACCAUCCCGAAUGGACUGGGCAUGGGAGGGCAGCAUGACUACUUCGGGCUGUGGGUCGACGUGGACUUCGGGAGAGGACACAGCAAGGCCAAGCCCACGUGCACCACCUACAACAGUCCCCAGCUGUCGGCCCAGGAGGACUUCCGGUUUGAGAAGAUGGAGGUGUGGGCGGUGGGAGACACCUCCCGCCCGCAGCCGUUGUUGCUGGGCAGAGGGAUGCCAGCCAAAAGUGGCAAGAGCAUUCUCGAUGUGGACCCCGAGGCCCAGGCCCUGCUGGAGAUCAGUGGGCGGAGUCGCCACAGUGAAGGGCUCCGCCAAGUCCCUGACCAGGAGUGAGGAGGAGCCUGGAUGGAGGAGCGGAGCAUGACACCCCUGGGCAGAGCGCACGGCCUGCAGACCACCUCCCGUCCUGUGCGUGCUUAACUUGAACACAGAGCAGCGCUGGUCAUGUCCAGGUUGUCCUGGACGUGCUUAAUCAGAACACAGGAAUUCCUCUGUGCUCUAUAUUGAUUAGUGGGUGUAUCUCCCGGAGAUCCCGAGUGUCAAAUAAGCAACUUAGCUCUUCCACUUUGUUAAUUUUGUAUCACUGAAGAGCAGAGACGUGGAGAUACUUGAGACCUUUGUUGAACUCAGCAUUGGAUGGGCAUGUGAGUUCCUUGUGUAGGGGGGUUCCACUGGCCGGGGAUCCCGAGCCCUCUGCCCAGGCUGUCCCAGUAAAGUGCCUUGAUGACGUUCCAUUUUGACUGGUAAAGGACAGGCAUUUGGGUGGGAAUCUCGAUGCUUUUUGAUGUAUUAAUGGGGGGAGGGGAGCAGGAAAUAGCUGGAGAUUUUGGAGAUAACAGGAGCAUGAGUCUUCAACAGGUGUUUAUAAGGGUCCACAUCUGCCCUCUCAGCUGCUUUUAAAUGAGUCUGUGCCAUGAGCAAAUGGGAAGAUGAGGAGGGCAACAGAGAAGCAAAGUCGUAUUCCUGUUACUAAUCUUUGUGGGGUCAUUUGGAGGCCCUGAUGUGGCCAGUUGCAUAAAUUAGUGGUGAGUGACCUGGCAGCACUGGCCUGCGUCCUGGGCCUCCUGACCCGAACCCGUCAGCAUCACCUCCCUGCCCGGUGCUGCUCCCAAAGGGGCGGGGGCUGCUCAUCUGACAGGUCCCUGCUCCCUUGCUUUAGUCCAUGGGUUCUCAACCUGGGGGUCGCGACCCCUUUGGGGGUUGAACGACCCUUUCACAGGGGUCACCUCAGACAUGACAGUAGCAAAAUUACAGUUAUGAAGUAGCAACGAAAAUAAUUUUAUGGUUGGGGAUCACCACAUGAGGAACUGUAUUAAAGGGUCGCGGCAUUAGGAAGGAGGAGAACCACCGCAGCAAACCCCAGCGAUCCUGAAAUGCUCACGGCCACUUAGGUGGGCUGGGCUUCCAAGCAAAGCUGCCCCCUCCCAGGCCCGAAACAACUCUAUAAACAACUGCACAUUCUCUCCUUCAAGGAGCUGUGGGUGCCUCUCUGACACAUACCUCGUCCUCUUGCCUUUGGCUCUGAACUUUGACCUUUUAUUACACAGUUUGCCCUCAUUACAAGCCAUAGCAAACUGCACUGUUUGCAUUUUGUAGGUUCUUCAAAAUCCAGCUUUGCACUCAGCAGUGCCCCUGACCAAGCAGAAGGCCCUGCACAUUAGCUUCAGAAGAAAAGCACAAGCUCGGACGGUGCAUGGAGGGGCAGCGGGGUGACACACAGACUCAGUCACGAGUGAUUUUCCUUAAAAAAGCCAGUUUAGAGUAGCUUCUCAGGUGCAUCAUACGACUUCCUAACCGAUGGCGUAGCAGGUACAGGAUAUUGGGAUCCUCAGCUAUCCUUACCACAAACCUGAAAAAUGAAGUCUCCAAACUUCAGUUUGUUGUGGAAUGGUUUUCUUUUUAAAUAAAUUACAUACCUCACUAAUAAAAGGCCCAUUGGUGUCCGCGCCUUGAGUACCAUGGACUGCUGCGUGUUUGUGGCUGUCAGAGAGGCUUAGAGUUUGGCUGCCUGCUCUAACGGGACAGCAGAUCACGGAUGGGGAGAUGCUCUCAAAGACUGCUCACUUCCAGGAGGAAAGGGGGUGCCCAGACCAGGGGCUUGGUAACCUGGGGAUGCUGCCCUCGCGUGGGCCGUGGCUCUGAGCACACAAGCCUCCAGGGCGUCAGUGGUGCCCGGGCCACUGGCCUGAUGCGCCCGGGACCAGGAAAUCUGGGAUGCUAGUUUUAACAAAUGUUCUUUUAUGAACCGGGAAUAAUAAUUCAGGUUGUAAGAACCAGCAUUCUCCUUGCAAAUGAAGACCAGUCAGUGCCAAAAAGGUG